GCCUGCGUAUUUUAUAGAAGAAAAAAAAAACAAUAACAACACCCGACACUCCACUCUACUCCACCGACGGCAGCGGCGCGGCGGCCAGCGCACCGCGAGUCGACCCCAGCUCCGGCGCAGGGAGGACGGCGCUGCCCUCUCUGGGACGAUGGCGCCAGAGGAGAAAUCACACUCGCAGCCGGUGCGGGCGUGGUCGUGGUCGUCCAUCCCGCUCGACCUGGCCGGCCUGGUGCUCCGCCUGCUCCGCUCGUACGCCAACCGCGCCCGCUUCGCCGCGGUGUGGUUCGCACGGGGAGGGACGGUGGUGGCAGAGAAGAAACCCAACUUGCAGCCGCCGGCGCUGUCGUGGUCGUCCAUCCCGCUCGACCUGGCCGGCCUGGUGCUCCGCCUGCUCCCCGCGCACGCCGACCGUGCCCGCUUCGCGUCAGUGUGCCUGCAGUGGCGUGCCGCCGCGAGGCAGCAGCUGCUGCCACGGCCACUGCCGCUGCUUGCGCUCCCUGAUGGCACCUUCUACAGCCUCCCCUAUACCAAGCCCUUCCGUUUCCCUGGCUGCGGCUUCGCCGGGUACCAAAGUGCCUGCGGCAGCUGGCUUGUCUUCCCCCGCGACGACGGGUGCUUCCUGGUCGAUCCCUUCUCUAGGGAAACAGUGACGCUCCCUCCUCUCUCCAGCGUCCGACUCCGGCCUCCAAAUGCAGUCGCCAAAUGGUCGUAUGAGCAUGGGGCAAAAGUAGCUGACCCUUAUGUCACAUGGAUGCAUAUGAAGGACUCAGACAAGCUGCACAUAAGUAAGCUAGUCGUGUGCUCACCAAAUCUUGUUGCUGCCCUUGUCGGCAUUGGAUACACAAGUCAGAUUCUAAUGUGCCAGCCAGGGGCCUUGUCGUGGUCAGUACGUGCGUACGAUCGGUGCAAGAGGUUUGAAGACAUGUCAUUCUACCAGGGCAAGCUCUACGCCCUCACCAAAGGUGAGAACCUUCUUGUGGUGAACAUCAGCGACGACCAUUGCACCGGGGAUCCACAGGUUUCUCGUAUUGGACAAGUCAUCAAGGGUGAUCCAUGGUAUUCAAUUGCGUUCACCAACAACGCUAUGCUCUGCAAGAAGCUCUACCUGGUUGAAUCCUGUGGGGCACUGCUGAUGGUACGCAGGACAAUUGUGUGCCGGAUUCCUGAACCUGGGCUGUAUAGUGAAGCUGUUGCUGGAUGGAGUGCGUUUGAGGUUUUCAAGGCUGACUUUGAGCAUUCACGGUGGAUUAGUGUGUCAACCGUGGGGGCUAACCAGGUGUUGUUUCUAGGGCGAAGGUGCUCCAGGGCUGUGUCCUUGUCUCAGUAUGGGGUCCUGGGUGAUCAGAUCUCGUUCUUGGAUGACGAUGAGGAAAAUCGUAUGGAGUAUGGCUAUGACAAGGAGAACGCUUCUUUUGGCACCUAUGACAUAAGAUCUGGCGGGUUCAGUUCUGUUCACCCAGAGAUCUCAUGGAAGCGUUGCGAUGAAAUGCGUCUGGCAGCAUGGCUCUUCCCUCAUGACUGAAGCGCUGUUAUUUCUAUGCAAGCUGCUACCAGGUUAUCGGACCGUGCUAUAGAUGUUAUCGUACAGUGGUUAUUUUGCAAGCUGCUCAUAUGUUAUCUACUUACCAUGGUAUGUAUGGUAGUUACUGGUUGGUAUGGUGUUCAGUGAACCCAUUCAAGCCAUGAAAUGCAUUAGCAGUACUAGUAUGGUUAUCAGUACUAAUGCCUGAACUCAUUAUGGUGGUUACUAUGCAAGUUGUUAACUGCAUCGGUUUUCAACUAGUACCGUGGUUGUUUCUGUGCGUACGAACAUGGUCUGUUUUAUAUGAACUAGGUUACUCUGUUAGCUGCAGAACAUCAGUAACCGCCUGAAGUAAUUAUGGUUGUUACUGUCUAAGUUGUUAUUGCAUUGGUUUUCAACUA